AUUGCAGACAAAUUUGCUUUCUAGACGCUUUCUACCUGCUGGAAUCUAGUUCAAAUACGGCCAAAAUGUGCGGGAAUGUGCGGUUUAGUGAGCGCGUCUGUGCACGGGUGCAAUAACCAGUGUUCUACGGUGAUUAAUUGUGCAUAGGCUUUUUGACAGAUUGUGAAUAAAGCUCCCACGGCACAAUACCGAGAAGGGAAGUGAAAAGGCAUGAAAGAUUCCGAAGUUUAACCAGGUCCUAUCCGGUUUACGUGAAAACACGUCUAGCAAGCCUCGACAGUGCCAGUGAUGAGUGAUGACGACCGUCAAAUAGAAUGUAUUUGCAGUUCGCUGAUUGAACGAGCCGCAUCCGGCGGUUUGUGAUGCAGACUGUUCGCAGUAGGCCGUGUCGGAUGUUGAAUCCUGUUCAAAGCAUGCUGCGGCAUUUGUGUAGUGGAAAGCGUAGUUGAAUCGUCUUGCCGUGUGUUGUGUGCAUACGUUCGCCAUCCUGCUUUCUUCAUUUUUAUUCUGCACUGCUUAUUUUCGGACUUGCUAACUGAAAUGUAGUGUAAUCUAUCGUUGCUUGAACAUGCUCGUCAAGGACUCUGAUGAAAGGAACCAUAAUCAACAAACGUCAGAUUCCGCUGAAAAAAGAAAGCACAUUUAUUAGUAUCAGGAAAAUAUAUUGACAAUUGAUCAUUCUGCAGCAGAUCACGAUUGCUAUGCUCACAAACAACUUUUGCUUAGCAACGUCUUGACCUGAUCAUCAAACACACUGUUAUGAUAUGGUUGUGUAAAGGUGAUACAAAAACCAGGACUAUUCCAUCUUCUAUGGUAGAGACAGCUGUAAGAAGGAACUAUAGGACCUCUGGCAAUAGUAACGCAACGUAGAAGACAAAAUUCCGAAUUAAAACGUAGAAAAUGGCACCAAGUCAGAAGGUGACAAAAAAAUGGGAAAUCUUUGCCGGUCGGAACAAAUUCUUCUGCGACGGAUAUUUGAUGACGGCGCCAAACUCGGGUGUGUUUUAUUUCACGGUUAUACUGAUUACCGCUACGAGUGGAUUAUUUUUCGUGUUCGACUGCCCAUUUCUGGCACAACGAAUCACUCCAGCAAUUCCUAUCAUCGGUGGUAUACUGUUCAUUUUCACGCUAAGCUCCCUGUUUCGGACGGCUUUCAGCGACCCGGGAAUCAUUCCGCGUGCGUCACAGGACGAGGCGGCUUACAUUGAGAAGCAGAUCGAGGUGCCGAACUCGCUCAACAGUCCCACCUAUCGGCCACCGCCCCGCACGAAGGAGGUCUUCGUGAAAGGACAAACGGUGAAGCUCAAGUAUUGCUUUACGUGCAAAAUCUUCCGGCCACCGCGGGCCUCCCACUGCAGCUUAUGUGAUAAUUGCGUUGAUCGAUUCGAUCAUCACUGUCCAUGGGUGGGCAACUGCGUUGGUAAACGAAACUAUCGGUUCUUCUACAUGUUUAUUGUUUCGUUAGCGUUUCUAGCAGUAUUCAUAUUUUCUUGCACAACGACUCACAUAGUAAUGUUAUUAAAGGAAGAUACCCAGUUCAUUGACGUCGUCAAGCGGACUCCUUCCAGUGUGAUAAUAGCGAUAAUUUGUUUCUGUUCGGUGUGGUCUGUUAUCGGGUUGGCUGGAUUUCACACUUAUCUUACUACGAGUGAUCAAACAACGAAUGAAGAUAUAAAAGGUUCAUUCAGCUCAAAGGGUGGCCAACAGGCAAUAAACCCGUAUUCGCAGGGCAACAUUUGCUUAAACUGUUUCCACAUACUGUGCGGCCCAAUAACACCAUCGCUGAUUGAUCGGCGCGGUGUUGUUACGGACGAGUAUCGGACGCAAAUGCAGGCGACAUUUAAAAUCAAUGGUGCUAUACCGUUGGUUGUAAUGCAGCCAGGAAUGGACACACUGAACAAACAUUACAGUUUGGAUCCUGAAAUGCAAAACGCUACUAAUGGAGCAGGUGUAGGCGGAAAUGGUGUGUACCGGCAGCGCAGCUACGAUAACUUACAAAAUGAUAAAUCAAACAGUGUGGCCCAUCUAGUAGAAAAUGAAGCGCCCCUUUCAACGACUGGCAAUGUUUCCAUGUUGUCUGUUGGUGCCGUUGGAGGUAAUGUCGGCCAAGACCAUAUCGAUACCACGACCACAACUGUCCUACUCGACGAAGACGGUAUGGAGUUGGAAACAAGAGCCGUGGGUCUACCGUCGGAUGAAUCCAGCAAUAAGUUAACGGGCAGCUAUACGAACCUGUUUCGCGAAUCGUUAACGAACGGUGCGAAUAAUGGCCCAACGAGUGGUCAACAGGGAAAGCUCAAUUAUCAUCAUUCGAACAUGAUGAUGAGCGAGUGCGACAAAAUACAAAGUGCAGACGAAAUCAUCAACGUUAGCGAACUUAUGAUGGUGUGCAGCGUUAGUGGGCACGAGAAUGUGUACAGCAAUGUGCCACCGGCAGAAAUUUCUCCGUCCGGAUCGGCGGUAGGUCUACUAUCUCCUAAACGGGCCAGUGUAGGGAGUAGCAAUGUUUCCGGGGUAGACGUUACCACGGCGUCCGUUGGUCCAGUUGGUUAUCAACAUGUAUACUCGAAUGUCACCGGUGCCGGAGGUCCUGCCGUUCCUGACCUGUCCACUGUUCCUACGGGGAAUGGAACAGCCAUGCAACAACGACAUUCACACCACGCCCAUCACCACCAUCUAGCACUAAACGACCCAUCACAGUUGCUCAGUUCUUCGUUUAUCAGCAACGAUCUCGAUCUCGACGAUCCAGUCCUUUCGAGCUCUUUUACCACGGCGAAAAACAUAAGCACGAUGACGAAAAUGCAACCACCACCCUCAGCAAGUCAUGGAGGGACUGUUGCAUUGCCACAGCAACAACCACAUCAAAAGCAGCCGCAAACAAUGAUUACUACGAUCGAGAUGAAAAACGUCAUCAAAACGCUCGAUCCGAAUGUAAUCAUACAGCAAACAUCAAACAGUUCCGGUGGCACGGUACCCAUCACUAUCACGCCGGCAAUAGCAUCCCUGUCGACGACUAAUGUAAUCGCUAGUAAUGGCGGUCCGUCGUCGGUCCACCACAACAACAACGGCCACGGCGAAUCGUCGAUGUUUAUUUCACCGAGUGCAAGUCGGAUGCGAUUGCUUCAGGAAUCCACCAUGAUUGAUACGGCACUCGAUCUCGACAGCUUGGACGGUUCGAUAGGAAACCAUUCGCAGUCCUGCCUGGUGAAAACAGCCAUCGUGUAGUAGGAUAUCGCGAGCAAAAAACCGUUCCAAAGAUAUUUACAUUCCGAUGCACUAGUAGCACUGUUCGUGCGCUUCUCCUCGCAACUAGAACAAAGCGUGUGAAAUAAUGGUGAAGCACCAUAACUCCGUCACCAAAAUAACUGUUCGGUACAAAAAAACGUUCUCAUGUUGGUGCAUUUGUUAAACUCCUUUGCCAACUGAGCUGAUGGAUCAGCAUCAAACCCUAUCAUCACAAUGCGCGUUAUUAUGAAGGUGUAGAUACAACUGACGAAUAGUUCAAAUAGAAAGCGGUUAGUACGACUAACAAGCGAACCGCUUGUUACUAUAGUGGCCGUUUAAUCUUUUUAAAUCAUCCACGUACGAUUUCUUCUCCAGUGAACUUGUGCAUACUAGCUCGUAGAGAGACUUUCACUUCACCGUUCCCCUCAGUAAUCUGGUUCAAAAUAGGCCAGAACAUUAGAUGAAGAAAAAAAUACAAUACAGCCAGCCGCAACAAUAUGAUAGAAGAAUUGAAAUGAUAGACCUAUGCGACUAGUGUGACGUAAAGGAAAAUCGGAUAAUAUGAUUCUUUACCAUCCAUUAUCUAUUUCCCCUUAACUUUCUUGUUUAUGCUUAAAACCCCAUUUCAAUAGAAUGAAAAAAAACAACAUUGUUUCUAGUUAUAUGCUGUGUUUCGGAUGGUAAACCAAUGUCGAAUUGGAUGUGAAGGUAAUCGAGGAUGAUAACCUGAUGGUGAAUUCAACCGAUUGCUAGAGUGAUACAAGACAACGAUUGAAAUUGAAAUACAGAGAAGAAGAAGAAAAAGUUCUGUGUUUAACUGCUUUACGACACUAAUCCUUAGGAUGUAUAUUUUGUCUUGUUAAAAGGAUACGAGGGAGCGAAAUACGAGGAUCAACUUCCGUACUGACAGGGAAAGCAACAGUGAAAUAAAUACAACAUUGUUGAAAACAUAGCAAAAACAUACCAAUUGUUGUUUGUAUGACAGAGAGACAGCGAGAGAGAGAGAGAGAGAGAGAGAGAAAGCGUAAAUUGAAUGAGACAGGGAUGUGUGUGUUCAAUGAUUAAGUUUAUACGUUUGAUUAUAAACCAUAAUAAAACAUUGUACAGGAUAA